AUGAAGGAAGAUGUGUCGAAAGUUGUAGGACGGUUUAAUGACAAUUCGGGGGUAAAAAUCGGAAAUAACGGGACCAUUAAGGACAUAAGAAAAACAGAAGGCCAAAAAGUAAUGAAAAAAGGUAUAUCACCCUACUUGUUGAUAUAUAUUAUUCUAUGGCAUGGGAAGAGGUUUGGUACAGUAGUAAAUGCCGAUUCCGAUACUAGCGAGUCCGGAACUGAACAAGAGACCACGAAAUCAGUGGCCAGCACAACGUAUAGUAAAACUAAAGGCCCAAGCAGUGUAAAACUGGCUAGACAAGGUUCUUCCCAAUCAAUUCCCGGAUCUGAGUCAGAACUUAUAAAUUUAGACGUCAACGCAAAACAAAACACUAACCAAUACACAUAUUCUGUACACAACGAUGUUCAUAGAUUUAUUGCUAGAGAGAAUUGUUGGUUUAAUGCCGCAACAAAACGCGGAGUUACAUUUUGGAAAGCCAAAGAUGUAAAAGAGUACGGUAAGAAGGUAGUAAUCAGGAAGGUGGAUGGGGAAUCAAGAUUCAGAGUAUACUUCGCAGCAGAUACCCCGGAAACCGAAGACGAAGGUAAACCGAAGGCUCCAGAAAGAGAGGAGCAUGUACCCGUUGAGGUUGAUACCGAGAAUCUUAUCAUUCUCAACGUCAAAAAUAAAGAGACGACUGACGAGUAUGAUUAUGAUUACGAUUCAGUAGAAGAUGUACACACGUAUACCGCUAAACGCCCAUACCUGUUCGGCAUCGUAUACAAAGGCAGGCACGUAGUGUGGGAGACCCAAGAUGGCAGGUACCCCAAUAAAGCCCUGGUGCUAAAGGAUGAAAACGAUGAACCAUAUUUGAGGGUGUUCUUCCCAGAAGCGCCAGUAGCACCUCCAGCAAGAGUGGUGACGGAGGAGGAACGCGAUGAGGAUGAGAUCCUGGAAGAGGCAGAAGAAAUGUCGGAGGAGGAAGAAGAGGGUGUAGCAUUCCCUGGAUUAGUAGUAGAGGAUAUGCGGCAGCUCUUGAAGGAAAGAAUGCCGAUUGCACUCAACAUUAAGUCCAAGCAGACAAACUCACAAUACACCUUCUCGAAGGAAGGAGACAUAGGAACAUACACAGCGACAGAGUCGUUCGGUUUCAGCUCCGUGUCAAGAAACGAAGAGAGGAUAUGGUCGCAAAAGGACAAAACACAAAUUGCAAUAAAGGUGCAUUUUGAUGGGCUCGGUCUGACAUCCUCAGUGAAAAAUGUGUCAAUUGAGCUCAUUGACGGAACUUUCAGGCACUUAUCAAGAACACAAAACGUAUGGUCGUUACAAGGAACUAAACUACGCCUCGACGUAGCUAAGAGGUACCCGACGCUAUUCUACGACUACCUGGAGCACCACGAUGUGGGAACAUUCACAGCAAAAUUUGACAAUGUCUUCCAGGACGUGUACGUGGGACCGUUCUGCUGUGCAGCAUUCUGCUCAGACAACAUGACGCCCAUUUGGAACGCAGCAAAAAACGAGUACGCCAAGAAGGUGGUAAUAUACCUAAACCUAUGUACAAACAGACCUAGCUUCGUGUCAGUGCACAUGUCUAAGAACAAAAUCAACCACUACGAGAAGAGAGGGUCAUUCUGGACUCUGACGCAGCCGUACUUAGAGUUGGACAUUGACAAGAAGGACAGCUGUUACGAGUUCUACUACGCAGGAUACGACGAAAUCAGAUCAUACUGCGCAAACUACAAUUUUGUGUUCACAAGAGUGCACCAGUCCUCGGUGGACAUUUGGAGAGCCGAGAAGAAAAAGUACGCAAAAAUGGUCAUGAUGAACGGAGAUGGAAACACAAUACCGGCAACGAAAAUGGCAAUCGUAUUGGACAAUGGAAAAAAAUUAUACUUUAACAGAGAGGGAGGACGAUGGGUGAAAGGAGAAGGCUUCCCACCAUUCGAGUUAGAUCUCGACGAUACGUUCUCGACAGACUACGUCGAGUACGAAGCUGAUGCAGAGAAGAAGACAGAGUCGUUCACGACGAAACACGGAUUCCUCAUGAGAUCUGUGAUACAAGACGGAAUCAUUUGGCACACAGACAACCCGAAAGAGUACGGAGUAAGAGUGUUAACACUGAAUGAUAAACUUGACGUCAUUGUGUUCUCACAGAACGGUAAAGUGCGACAAUUCAAUAGAAGCGACGAAGGACAACCUUGGAUGGAAGUUAAGCCGAAGGUACCGAAGGAAGAGAAGAAGAAGAAGAAGAAGAAGGAGGAAGAGGACAUAUUCGUCGAAGAUGACAAGGCGAAGGUGAAGGGCAUUGUCCUGGAUCUGUCGAAACAACAGUCAACAGACAAGUUCACGUUCAGAAGAAAGGACGACAAGGAGAUAUACAAAGUCAAGGAGGAACAUAAAUUCAAAUCAGUACAAGUGGGUGCGUCGCCAGGAGACAAAGAUAAGAUUUAUGUAGCGAAGGACAUAGACGAGUUCGUGACGAAGGUGGAGAUUGACAGAAGCGACGACCCAGGAUACAUCAACGACGUGCUCCUGCAUCUAGUAGACGGAACGCAGAAGCAAUUUGUGAAGGUGGGAAGAAACAAAAAGUGGUGCGAAGUGGUCAGCGUAUAA